AUGUAUUUAGGUGGAGAGACUGUGCCAAAAGAAUAUUUUACCACUGAAGAUACUGCAGCAGAUUUAGAAACAUUGGAUCUUUUUUUUACUGAGACAGACCUAAAUUUACAACCAGAAUUGGAUUCCGAUUCAGAUAUAAAAAUCUUUUGGAAAUGUUUUGAAGAUGCAAUGAGUCCAAAUAUAAAAAGGCGAUGA